UAUUUUAAUGGCAAUAAGUUAAUGUUUUUUUUUCACCACAGAUUGUGUUUAGAGCUUCAGGGAGCAAAAAUGCAAAGGGAGAUAUUGCUAUAGAUGAUAUUGAUGUACAUACCAGAUCCUGUGAUGAUGGAGGAGGACCGACAACUUUGCCUGUGAUUCCCAUGUCUUGUACAUUCGAAUCAACCCUGUGUUCAUACACCCAACUGAGGAGCGACCAGUUUGACUGGACAAGAACCUUCUGGUUGAGUGGCACAGACAGCACCGGCCCCAGGUCCGACCACACGCGGGGGGACGCCAGCGGAUGGUACGUCUACACGGAUGCAACUGGCCGUAUCCGUGGGGACAAGGCUCAGCUUGCCAGCCCCGCCCAGAACCCGACUGGUCCCGGAUCCUCCAAGUGUCUUGUGUUUUGGUAUCACAUGUAUGGUGUACAUGUUGAUAGAUUCAACGUCUAUCUUAGAACUUCAGGACCCCAGAUGACGGUAGAUGACCUCAUUUUCACAAAGUACGGCACCCAAGGCAACCAAUGGAAAAAAGCGGAGAAAGAAAUCACGUCAGAUGAUCCCUGGAUGAUUAUUUAUGAGGGUAUCAUAGGGGAGAGUGAAUAUGGUGAUAUUGCAGUGGAUGACAUAGCUCUUUAUGAUGGUGCCUGUCCAACACAAGUUGAAUGUGACUUUGAGAUGGACCUUUGUUCCUGGACCCAGGAUCAGACCAACCCUUGGCAAUGGCAGCGGAACACUGGACCAACUCCUACCCCUAGUACAGGACCAUCUUAUGAUCACUCCACCGGUAGCGCCCUUGGUUAUUAUGCUUUUGUCAAAGCAUCUGAUGCGUCAUCCGAUUCCAAGGCACGGCUCUUUAGUCCCAUCUAUUUAGAUACCGAUAUGGAAUGCCUGAGGUUUUGGUACCAUAUGUUUGGUGAUAACCUCGGCCAGUUGAACAUUUACAUAGAGGACCAAGUAACACAAGAAGUUGGUAAUCCCUUGUUCACCAGGAGUGGUCCUUCUGAUGAUUCAUGGAGGUUUGGUCAAGUUAGUAUCUCAUCUUCCCAUCGCUAUAAGGCCGUCAUUGAAGCUUCAAGAGCACAAGGAGAUAACAUCCAGGGAGACAUUGCUGUUGAUGACCUGGAGAUUUUUAGAGGGACUUGUCUACGUAAAGGAUUCUGUGACUUCCAAAAUGAUCUAUGUGGCUGGUCCCAAGAGGUAGUCCAGGACCAAUGGGAUUGGCUGAGGUCAUCUGGGUCUACAGAUAGUCCUAAUACUGGACCACAAGUGGACCACACCUUUGGAACUCGUGAUGGUUACUAUAUUUUCUUUGAGAGUUCCUUUCCAACGUUGAAGAUUGGUGAAACAGCCGUUCUUAACAGUGAAUACUUCAGCCCGAUCCAGUCUGCCUGUCUCAGUUUCUGGUAUUACAUGUAUGGAAAUCAUAUUGGGGAUCUUAAUGUUUGGAUGGCAUAUCUUUCCGGACAACCCAGGCAGUCUCGUUGGUCAUUAAGCGGAAACCAAGGCUUUGCUUGGUACAAUGCUAAAAUUGAUCUUUCAAGUGACGUGGAAUUUAGGAUCCAACUGGAGGCUGUUUACAAGGUUGUUGGAGAUCAAGGAGAUAUAGCAGUAGAUGAUCUUGACUUUGAGAUGCAAGGAUGCUCUGAUAUCGGUACACCCGUUCCUGUUACCACCUCCCAACCCACAGCAGCACCUAUUUUGUCCAUCUGUACCUUUGAGACCGACUUCUGUGACUUGAGCCAAUCAACGCCAGGUGCAGUGAAAUGGUAUAGACACUCAGGUGACCCACCAAUCCCCAACUCGGGUCCAUCUGUAGAUCACACUCUCGGAAACACAUUUGGCUACUAUGCCUAUCUCAAGACUGAUGUGGGCAAUGAUGGUGACUUUGGCAAACUGACCUCAAGGUCAAUUACGGCUGGCCCUCAGGGGAUCUGUGCCUCGUGGUGGUAUCAUAUGAAGGGAGCUGAUAUCAACAGGUUGGAAGUCUGGAGGGACGGGUCAACCAAGGAGUGGGUCAGGGUGGGAGACCAGGGCCCAGACUGGAAACAGGGUCAGAUCUAUCUAAAUGGUAUCUUUGCAGUCACAUUCCAAGGAUACAAGGGUAGUGGAUCAAGAGGAGCCAUAGCUCUCGAUGACAUCACCCUUAGCAGCGGGAAGUGUCCUUCACAAAGAAUGUGCGAUUUUGAGCAUGGAGAAUGGUGUGGUUUUGACCAGGAUAUGAUGGAUGGUGGAGAUUGGAAUGUAGAACCAAACGACUUCACUUCAUUGGACCUCACAUACGGUCCUAAUGCAGAUCAUACCUAUGGAACAAGUUUGGGUCACUUCAUAUACGUUGACAGCAUCGUUAACAACUACAUGUCAAAGGUUCGUCUGAUCUCUCCUGUCUACCCUCCCACCUUCCAACGAUGUCUUCGGAUAUGGAUUUUCAGCAAAGGUACAGACCCACCGGACUUAACAGCUACCGUCACAGUUGGUGAUACCCCCAUUACUCAAAUAUUGAGCCUCGAUGACUCUGCUGCUAUAAGCAUGUGGAUUCCGUAUGAAGCGUCAUUCUCUAGUAGCUUGGACUAUACUAUCAUCUUCGAAGCCACCAUUGGCUCUGAUGGAGUCCUAGCGCUCGAUGACAUCAACCUGAACAAAGACUACUGCGCUCCACCAGGGUCUUGUGACUUUGAAUAUGACACCUGUACCUUCUGGAACUAUCCUUCCUCAGUCAGUAACGAUAUGUUUGAUUGGAUAAGAGCCAGCGGACCCACGCCUUCAUCGAGCUCUGGUCCUGACACGGAUCAUUCUGUUGGAACAGCAGCAGGGUUUUAUAUCUACAUUGAUUCUGGUGCACCUCGUCAGCUUGGCGACUCGGCCAUCCUCAACUCGCCGCUGAUGGUCGGUCAGAAGUGCUUAUCAUUCUGGUAUUACAUGGGUGGUGCUGACCAAGGUUCCAUCAAGAUCAUGAUUGAUCAGAUUCUGUGGUCGAAGAAAGGUCCUCUGAGUGGUGCGUGGCUGCAUGCUACUGUAACAACUGGAGCUGAAGAUGAGACGUACAGAAUUGGAAUUAUCGGAGAUGUGGGGACACCUUCUCAAAGCGACAUGGCCAUUGAUGACAUCAGCAUCUAUGAUGGGGCUUGUGUAGCAGUUACCGAUCCGCCACCAUGUCAGUUUUAUUGUGAUAACGGGGAGUGUUUGACUGAUGCCACCUUGAGAUGUAACUUCGAAGAUGACUGUGGUGACGGCAGUGAUGAAGUUAAUUGUGGUAAUUGUGACUUUGAGUUGGGUUGGUGUAAUUACACCGACUCUGGCGAUGGCAGUUUGAGGUGGCAGAGAGGAAAAGGUGAUACACCUUCACUUAACAAUAGGCCAUCAAAAGAUCAUACAAUCGGAACAGCUGAAGGAUACUAUUUGUACACUGAUGCUAGUCCAGGCCCACAAUACACUGAAACUUAUUUCAUUUCCCCUGAACUGAAUGAAGCAAGUCCUCACUGCAUCCUUGAAUUCUGGGUCUACAAAUAUGGAGGAAGUGGGUUUGUGAGCAUCUAUAUUGUGUCCGGCUUAGACAAAGCCCAUGUUGCAGCCCACGGUCAGCCAAGCUCCCAGGAGUGGAUCCUGGCUUCUAUUCCAAUUGGUCGAGUAAGAGGAACUUUCCAGGUACUGACAAGAGCACUAGGGGAAGAAGAAUUUAAUUGUAUGUUUGUGCCUUAUACAAAAACUAUUGAGAUCAGAGCAAUACAGGUUUCUCAAGUGCAGUUUGCAAUGGAUGAUAUUUCCUUCCGUGAUUGUGACUUUCCUGAGCCACCUCCAGAUGGCUGUAGCCCAGUGGAGUUCACAUGUGGAAAUGGACGUUGCAUCAACAUGGACAGCUAUUGUGAUCUUUCUGAUGACUGCGGAGACUUGUCCGACGAGACUGAUUGUGGCUCGUACGAGAUGUGUGACUUCCAGACUGGCAUCUGCCGCUGGAGCCAGCUGCACAACGAUGAGCUUGAUUGGAGGAGGAACAAAGGGCUCACUAGGACUGUUGGUACUGGUCCUGGAAGGGAUCACACUACUGGUCUAUUUUCAGGUUUCUAUAUGCACCUGGAAGCAAGCUUUUCACGUUUUGGUUCCAGGGCACGCCUGGGCUCCAGAACUCUUUCCUCAGUAUCACCUCCCGGGUGUUUCUUCAGGUUCUAUUACCAUAUGUAUGGAACAGACAUCUUCGAGCUCAACGUGUACACCAGAGAAGCCAUCAAUGGCCUGUUGACACCCAUCUGGAACAGACGAGGACAGAUCGGAGACUACUUCCUGAGAGCGGAUCUUGAUUUGAAGGAUCUCAAAUACCCUCUGCAGAUUAUCGUAGAGGCUGUGAGAGGGGAUGGUGAAUAUGGAGACAUAGCCAUAGAUGACACUAGUUUCACCCCAGGUUGUGUCUUCAUCGACACCCCCCUGCCAUCGGUGGUGACCCAGGCACCCACUGCGCCUCCCCCAGAUCUGCCUACCUGUGGGCCCGAUUCCUUCCAAUGUAACGACGGGACGUGCUUGGAUGUCCAGCAGCGGUGCGAUGCAAAAACGGACUGCAGCGACUCGGAAGAUGAGUCUAACUGUGGUAACUGUGACUUUGAGACGAACAGCUGCGGAUGGAGUAGCAUUCCCAAUGGUCUGUACCUGUGGACCAGGAUCCAGGCUAGUAACGCCCCUCAGGGACGGGGACCAGAUGUAGACCACACCCUGUCAACCAAUGCAGGAUAUUACAUGUUUGUCGAUAGCACGUUUGGAACAUUUGGAAUGACAGCUCUCCUUCUGAGCCCCCUCAUCCUCGGCAACUCUGGUUCGAGAUGUGAGAUGGAGUUCUAUUAUCAUAUGCGAGGUGAUGCGGGUACAUUGACUGCGACUCUUUAUGUUGACAAUCUCCCAGACUCGUCCUGGACCGUGGUGGGUGACCAGGGUACUACAUGGCAUCGAGGAUCUUUGUUGGUAGGACCAAGGUUUGCUGGACAGUAUUAUAUUCGACUGGAAGCCUCACCUGGCAUAGGUUUUGAUGACAGCCAAGUUCCUGCUGAUAUUGCAGUGGAUGAUAUCAAGUUUAUCAACUGUGACAAAUCAGCUGAUCUUAACUGUGACUUUGGACCAGGAGACACAGAAGGAACGCUUUGUGGCUGGACUCAGACGAAUAUCUCGGACACUUUUGACUGGACCUUGCAUAAAGGCAGAUACGGCCCAGGCCUUCCAGGUCCGGAGGGUGACCACACAGAUGGCACAGGUUACUAUGCAUACCUGGAACCCUACAUGCCUGCAAAGCCUGGAGAUUCCUCUCGAUUAGUGUCUGGUCCGCUCAGGUCAACCAAGAAUCAACCGUACUGUUUCUCUUUUUGGUAUCACAUGUAUGGUGCCAAUAUUGGAACAUUCAAUCUCAUUCAGAGAAAUACGGAUGGAACUAGUGAAGUUAUUAUCUGGACAAAGAAAGGGAACCAAGCCAACGUUUGGCUCUCUGCUCAGAAGAACAUAGCAACGACCGGAAACUAUGAACUUGUCUUAGAAGCUAUACUUGGUGAACACUGGUUUGGCGAUAUCUGUGUUGAUGAUAUUUUGUUCGAAGAGGGUGCUUGUGCUGGAGCAGUUGAAUGUGACUUUGAGCUCGGUUUUUGUGACUGGACAAACCUUGGCUCUGAAAUCGAUGAGUUUGAUUGGUUAUGGGGAUCUGCAAUAUCUACCCAAGGGAAGGGACCAGAUGUGGAUCACACAACAUUCACAGGCUCUGGACAUUACAUCUAUGUGGACACCAGCAAGAUUGCCCCUGGGACUACUGGCAUCCUGCAGAGCAAAGACUACUACCACACCGGCCCUCGAUGCGUGUCAUUCUACUACCGUAUGGGUGGAUCUAGUCCUGGAACUCUGUCCAUCUACAGACAGGAUGACGGAGACCCGUUUGUCAGUCCCAGCUGGACCAAGACCGGGGAUCAAGGCGAUAGGUGGAUGCUGGCUCAGUUGGAAGUUACUCCUAUCAUGUCAAAAAGCUAUAAGAUUUACAUAGAGCUUACAUCGACAGGCACCUCCAAAGAUAGCAUCAUGGCCAUCGAUGACAUCAACAUCGAUGACAGGUUCUGCCCCAUGCAGGGUGCCUGCACGUUUGAAUACGACAUGUGCGGUUUCGACAACGAUUACCAGAACGAUGACCUCGAUUGGGUACGAGGGACCACUACAACGUCGUCGCCUGACACUGGGCCGAAAGUUGAUCAUACCUUGCAGACGGGAUACGGUCACUAUGUCUUUAUGGAGUCAUCAUUCACAGAGGAAGGAAUGAAGGCUUGGUUGCUCAGUGAACAUUUCCAAUCUACUGGAGGUCGCUGCUUGGAAUUCUGGUAUCAUAUGUAUGGUGCAGGAAUGGGGGAUUUGAAUGUUUACACGGUUACCAGGACAACGGAUCCAAAACUACUCUUCACUGAGAGUGGGAAUCACGGUGAUAUAUGGCUUCAUGGGCAGAUUAAUGUAGAUGCACCCACGACAUUCUGGGUGAUCUUUGAAGGGGUCAUUGGAUUAAAUUACAGCAGUGAUAUCGCUUUGGAUGACAUAUCUCUUCAUCCUUCAGUUUGCUCUUUUACUACGCCACCUUCUACUCAACCUCCACCUCCACCAACUGUAUUACCUGACACUCAUAAUUGCGACUUUGAGAAUGGUUUCUGCAACUGGACCCAAGAACUCAAUGAUGACUUCAACUGGACCAGGUCCUCAGGAGAGACUGGUAGUAUAGGAACUGGACCCAAUACAGACCACACCAAAAAGGACCAAACAGGUUAUUACAUUUAUGCUGAAGCGACCGGCCAACAAUCUGGAAAUGUCGCACGAUUAAAUUCUGCAUAUUUGAACAACGUUGAUGAAUCGGGAUACUGCAUGGAGUUCUGGUUUCAUGCCUACGGCAGACAUAUUGGUUCCCUGACUAUCUAUGAGAGGAGAGGGGAUAGGGAGGUGCAGAUAUGGAGGGAGACAGAGUCUCGGGGGCCACGUUGGAAUCCAGGCCGCAUCCAUUUCUCAGAUACAGGCACUUACUACAUCAUCUUUGAAGCAGUUCGUGGGAGUGCAUUCAGCGGUGACAUUGCCUUGGAUGACAUCAGUUUUCAUCCUGGUGUUUGUUCUACUCCCGAUUUCUGUGACUUUGAGAAUGGUGAAUGUUACUACAGUCAGACAAGUCCUGAUCAAUUUGAUUGGGUUGUCAUCACUGCCAAUUCACUGUCAGUUGCACCGCCGAUAGACUUCACAUAUAGAACUGAUUAUGGCCAUGUUUUUAUUGCUGAUAUGACUGGUCUUUCAUCAAACCGGGAUGUUGCGAUUGUAGACAGUGGGCCCAUUGCAGCUACUACAGGAGAUGGUAUCUGCUAUUCAAUGGCAUAUUACAUGGUCAACUCUCAGUACUGCCAACUCAAGGCUUUUAAGAUCCAGCUGGUUUCUGAGGAGGCUGAGUUGCUGUGGGAGAUGGAUGGUGUUGCACAUGAAGAUGAAUGGCAUGUGAUGGAGAUGAAUCUUAAUAAUACUGAUGGCUUCUUCAAGGUUCGCUUACAAGCUUCUAGCAAGGAUUCUCGGCAGAAUGCUGCCAUAUCUGUGGAUGAUAUAUCCCUUGGUACUUCCCCUUGCACACCGUUUGGGUCAUGCGACUUUGAGACUGGUCUCUGCACUUGGAGGAAUGAGGAGAACCUUGAUGAUUUUGAUUGGAAGAUCAUUCAAGGACGGACACCUUCGUUUGGGACUGGUCCUCCAGUAGAUCAUACAUUUGGAACACCAUAUGGUUCAUACAUCUUCAUCGAGGCUUCUGACUACCCAAAGAAUUCCAAGGCCAUCUUGAAAUCUGGAGAUUUUCUAGCAUCGCAGGAACGAUGCUUGGAAUUCUAUUACUAUAUGGAUGGUAGCGGUUUGGGUAAUCUAUACGUUCAGAAGCAGGCUGACACACAAUCAAAGUUCUCCAAUAUCGUCGUACUCAAAGGAAGCAAAGGGCCAGUUUGGCGACAGCAGCUGGUCUCAUUACCUGAGAUAGACGAAGCCUAUUCCUAUCAAUUACGAUUUUACGCUACUGUCGGAUCGUCAGUUCGGGGUGAUAUAUCGCUAGAUGAUAUUGCCUUCUAUGAUGGAGAAUGCCCAGAUCCGCCAUCAGUGUGUGAUUUCUACUGCGGAGAUCCUGAUAAAACCUGUAUACCUUACAGCAAGUUCUGUGACUUCACCCCUCACUGCCCUAACCAGAAAGACGAGAGCGAUUGCGGUACUUCUUGUGACUUUGAGGAGGGUACAUGCCGUUGGUGGAACUCUGGUCACAAUGUCUAUCGGUUUAUUCGACAUCAGGGAGACACACCAGACUCAAACACUGGCCCUUCCUUCGAUCAUACAACACUCACUGCUUUUGGCUGGUACAUGUACGUAGGAAUCACCCCAGACUCCGGGACGCGGUGGGCCGUGCUGGCCUCCCGCAUGCAUCACAACGCAGCCGCCACCUGCGAGGUACGCUUCUGGUAUCACAUGUACGGGGAGGACAUCGGCUACCUCCAGCUUUACGUCCAGGAAGAGAAGCACCUGAUGCUGCCUUGGUAUACGAGCGGAAGUCAGGGAGAUACGUGGCACGAGGGUAUCGCAGCACUGGGUAGGAUCCCUGGAGGUUUCAAUGUGAAGUUUCAAUCAGUUCGUCGCUACACUGUGUUUGGUGACGUGGCUAUAGAUGAUAUCAGUAUGAGACAAUGUGCACUACCAGUACCUCAAUCCAGGGAUUGCGAGAUAGAUGAGAACCGAUGUGCCAAUAACGCCUGCAUCCCAGAAACGAGACUAUGUGACUUUACCGAUGAUUGUGGAGACUCAUCUGAUGAAGAUCCUGAUGUCUGUGGGAGCUAUAAUAUGUGUGACUUUGAGGACGGUACUUGUGACUGGGUUCAGGAUACCGAAGAUGAAAUGGAAUUUAGCAGGAUUAGCGGACCAUCGGAACCUGAUUUGCGUAGCGGCCCAGUUCGUGACCAUACCACUCAAUAUCUUGGAUAUUACAUGGUAUUACGUGCAGGCACUGAUGGGUAUGAGGAAGGCGACAGGGGGAGACUGAUCAGCCCCGUCUACCGGUCCAACGGCCCUCAAAGUAGGGCACGUAUUUGGUACCACAUGUUUGGCAGGGACAUGGGGACCUUGAACAUCUACCUGAGAACCAACAUCGGAGGCUACAUGGAUCUUAUAUUCACCAAGACUGGACACUCCAAUGACUACUGGGAGUUGGCCAAUCUUGCCUUGCUCGAUGCCGGAUCAACUAACUUCCAGGUUGUGAUCGAGGUCGUCCGGGCCGAUGGUCCGUACGGCGAUGUAGGUAUCGAUGACACGUCUUUCACACCGGACUGUAAACAAGUAACAGGUGGUCUACCAUCGGGUACAACGACUCCUGUGGCUACUACCGUUGGUCCUUGCGGGAAGGGUAAAUGGCAGUGUGCAGACCUGACUUGUAUUGACUCUAGUCAGUACUGUGAUUACCAAGCGGACUGUACUGAUGAAUCAGAUGAAGCAUUCUGUGGACCUUGUGUGUUUGAUAAUGGGCUCUGUGGAUGGCACGAUGAGAGCUACGGACAGUAUGUGUGGCAGUGGGAGCAAGGUGGCACGGGCAAGAUACCAGAAAAAGAUCACACCAAAGAUUCUCUGAAUGGAUACUACAUGAAGGUGAUGCCUGGAGGCGGUCAGUUCAGUGAGUUUUCAAGAUUUUACAGCCCCAUACUGCCAGAUACGUCUGUUGAAUGUCUGGUGGAUUUCUGGUUCUUCCUUCAGGCAUCUAGUGACAAUGUUGAAUUUCAACUGGAAGUGCAGAUUGGGGAUGAACCCAGCUACAAGAUCUGGAGUUCACUUGUAACCUGGACAUCCUCGUGGAUGAAAGCUCAUGUAGGACUGGGGCGCCAGGAGACGGCCUACCAGUUAAUUUUUGCUGCAUCUGUGGAAUACAAGAAUGACACCAUAGCAAUAGAUGAUGUCACCUUCACCGGCUGCAAGGCUGUGUCCUACGUUCCGUGUGAGAUCCUGUGUGAUAACAAGCUCUGUGUACCUUACUCUGCUGAAUGUGACUAUUCCCAGGACUGCGGUGAUGGAACAGAUGAAAGUACAUGCAGUGCAUACACAAUGUGUGACUUUGAAUCUGGAACUGUGUGUGACUGGACCCAAGAUUCUGACGAUGAUCUAGACUGGUUCUGGCUCACUGGAUACCAAGGUUCUCUGGAUGGAGCCCCUUAUGAGGACCACACCCAUAAUAGUCCAUCAGGUCAUUACUUCUAUCUGAACUCAGCAGCAGAUGAUGUGAACAAGAAAGCUCUCCUGGAUGGCCCAGUGAUUUCUCCACCUCAAAGCCCAGGAGAUUGUGUGGUACAUUAUUUUUAUUGA